AUGAAUCAAUGUAUUAGAACAAUAUCCCUAUCAGUGCCGCAACCUAAUAUCAACAACCGCACUGCCAACUUCAUGCAUCAAAUAUCAAGACUCGUCCACUCAAACCUCCUUUUACAAACGUUGCUUCUAUUCCUUCUCCAGUUUGUUUUUUCGCAAGACACCAUAACUAUCAGCAAACCCAUUAGAGAUGGUGACGUUUUAGUCUCUAAAGGAGAAAACUUUGCACUUGGUUUCUUCAGUCCUGGAGUGUCCACCAACCGCUAUGUUGGAAUUCGGUAUUAUAGAGCUCCAGAACAACCCGUGGUGUGGGUUGCAAACAGAGACAAUCCUAUCAAUGAUACUUCUGGUGUUCUCUCAAUUGAUUUUCAAGGGAACCUGUUACUCCAUGUCGAAGAUCGAAACCAACCCAUCUGGUCCACAAAUAUUGUCACACAAUCAAGCAACAAUAGUACUCAUGCUCAGCUCUUGGAUUCAGGAAAUCUAAUCUUGGUUCUUAACAAAACAAGUGAGGUACUGUGGCAAAGCUUUGAUUAUCCAACUGAUACAACUCUUCCAAACAUGAAACUUGGGCUGGACAGAACAACUAGUCUGAACCGAAUCCUAACAUCUUGGAAGUCCAAAGAUGAUCCAGGAACUGGAAAUUGUUCCUAUUUGCUCAACACCAAUAGCUCCUCCCCAGAAUUGUUUUUAUACAAGGGCAGCAUUUUGUGGUGGCGUUCUGGUCAUUGGAAUGGCUUUGGAUGGAGUGGGGUACCGCCAUUGUCACAUCCUAACUAUCUCUUCAAUUUUAGUAUUGUGAACAACCAGACUGAGACUACUACGAGCUGGGUUGAACUUCUACCAGAAAUAUUCUCAAGAUUAGUAGUAGAUGAAUCGGGGUCUAUUCAACGCUUUCUGAGUAGAGAGGGAGAUCAAGGAUGGUUUUCUCUAGGGUCAGCACCAUUGGACCGAUGUGACAACUACGGCAAGUGUGGUGCAUUUGGUAAAUGUCAACUGCAAAAUGAUACUGAAUUUGAAUGCACCUGUCUACCUGGGUUCCAACCCAGGUCACCAAGGGAAUGGUCUUCGAGAAAUGCAUCCAGUGGGUGUGUAAGAAAGCGUGGACAGGCAUCUAUAUGCAAGAGUGGUGAUGGGUUUGUGAAGGUGGAAAAUGUGAAGCUUCCGGAUAGUUCAUUUGCACGAGUUGAUGAGAAGCUGAGUUUGAAAGAGUGUGAGCAACAAUGCUUGGAAAAUUGUUCCUGCGCGGCGUAUGGAGGUGUGGAUGCGAAGGAGGAAGUCGGGUGUUUGAGAUGGUAUGGGGAGUUGAUAGAUACAAGAGUGUUGAAUGGGGACCAAAAUCUGUAUGUACGUGUAGAUGCACUUGAGUUAGGUACUCAACAAUUCUCUGGUAUUUCAGGGAGGGGAAGACAACCCACAUUGAACAGUGAUGUUACUGCAAGUUCAACAACCCUUCAUGAUUCUCAGAAGCUAGAUGAAGGUAUAGAAAAUCUAGAUUUACCAUUUUUCGACAUAAGCACCAUACUUGCUGCCACAGACAACUUCUCUUUUGCUAAAAGACUUGGACAAGGUGGAUUUGGCCCCGUCUAUAAGGGUCAACUAGCCAAUGGACAAGAAAUAGCAAUAAAAACACUCUCAAGAAGUUCAAGGCAGGGCACAGAAGAAUUUAAGAAUGAAGUUAUGCUAAUAGCGAAACUCCAACAUAGGAAUCUUGUGAGGCUUUUUGGUUGUUGCAUUCAUAAAGAAGAGAAGAUGUUAAUCUAUGAAUACAUGCCAAACAAAAGUUUAGACCUUUUCAUAUUUGAUGAAAUAAAAGGAAAAAUCAUGGAUUGGAGGAAGCGAUUUGAAAUUAUUUCUGAUAUUGCUCGAGGAGUCUUAUAUCUUCAUCAAGAUUCUAGAGAAAAAAUCAUCCAUAGAGAUCUAAAAGCAAGCAACGUGCUACUAGAUGCUACAAUGAAGCCAAAAAUUUCAGAUUUUGGUUUGGCUAGAUUGUUCGAAGAUGACCAAAUUGAAGCGAAUACAAAUAGAGUUGUUGGCACAUAUUUUGGUGUCUUAACACUUGAGAUAAUUAGUGGCAAGAGAAACAAUCACUAUCUUGCUGGAAGCCCCUACCUAAAUUUGAUAGGACAUGUCUGGGACUUAUGGAUGGAAGGAAAAGCCUUGGAUAUAGUUGAUUCAUCUUUGGCUCAGCCAGCAAACUCAUUUGUCACAAACUAUAAUCAUUCACAACGUGAAAAAACAAUGAAUCCUGCUUCUUCUCUCCCUUUUUUGUAUUCAGUAUUGCUUCUCCUCUCCCUUUUUUUCCAAAUUUGCGUUUCCCUUGACACCAUAACACCCAACCAGGCCAUCAAGGAUGGUCAAACUCUAGUCUCAAACCAAAAAGCCUUUGCACUUGGUUUUUUCAGCCACGGCAAUUCCACAAAGCGCUAUGUUGGAAUUUGGUACAACAAAGUUCCUGAACAAACUAUUGUGUGGGUAGCAAAUAGAGACAAUCCUCUCAAUGAUAGCACAGGAAUCCUAUCAAUCAACGGUCAGGGGAACCUUGUACUUCACACCCAAAACCAAACCAUUCCAAUUUGGUCCGCCAAUGUUUCUGUUUCAGUCUCAUCCACAAACAAUUCUAUGGCUCAGCUCUUGGAUUCAGGAAAUCUUGUUUUGGUUCAAGAAGACAACAAAAGUGUUAUAUGGCAAAGCUUUGAUCAUCCCACAAAUACUUUGCUUCCGUUUAUGAAACUUGGGCUCGACCGGAGAACCGGGUUGAACCGGUUCCUAACAUGUUGGAAGACCAAAGAUGACCCGGGAACAGGUAACUCUUCACUUCGGAUUGAUCCAAUUGGGUUCCCCCAGUUGUUCUUAUACAUGGGUCAGACUCCAACGUGGCGGGCCGGACCUUGGAAUGGGCUAAGAUUGAGUGGUGUACCCGAAAUGACACAAAAUUUCAUCUUCAAUAUUAGUUUUGUGAAUAAUCAAGAUGAGAUCUUUAUCAUGUAUGGUAUAAAAGAUCCCAGCAUUUUCUCUAGAAUGGUGGUAAAUGAAUCAGGAGCCGUUGAAAGGUACACGUGGAGGAAUGAUAGAUGGCUCCAGUUUUGGCACGCCCCAAAAGAGCCAUGUGAUAAUUAUUUGCAUUGUGGUCCAAAUAGUUACUGUGACCCAUCCAAUGCAGACAAGUUCGAGUGCACAUGCUUACCUGGGUUCGAACCCAAGUCGUCUCAAGAUUGGUACCUUAGAGACGGGUCUGGUGGGUGUGUGAGAAAACAAGGAGUGUCCACGUGUAAUAGCGGAGAAGGGUUUGUGAAGUUGGCACGUGUAAAGGUGCCAAAUACUUCAGUGGCACGUGCAAACAUGAGUAUGAGUUGGAAAGAAUGUGAGCAAGAGUGCUUGAGGAAUUGUUCUUGUACAGGUUACACAAGUGCAAAUGUGAGUAUGGGAGGGAUUGGGUGCUUGACAUGGCAUGGGAACUUAGUGGACACAAGAUCAUAUACCAAUGAUGGACAAGAUUUAUAUUUACGUGUGGAUGCAGAUGUUCUAGCUCAAUAUGCUAAGAAAAAUGGCCUUCGGAACAAAGGGAUAAGGGCAACUAUUGGGGUUUCUGUUGCAGUGGUGUUGCUUAUUGCGGUGUUCAUUGUUUAUUGGUUGAUAAUGAGAAAGAAAAAAGAGAAGAGGCAAAGCAUGUACAAUUAUAGCGUUACCAUGACUUCACCAUACAAUGAAGACUCUCCAAGUAGAAGGGAGCUGGAUGGGACUGGAAGAAACUCAGAUUUACCACUAUUCGAGCUAAGUACCAUUGUUGCUGCUACAGAUAACUUCUCUAUAGCUAACAAGCUUGGAGAAGGUGGUUUUGGGUCAGUUUAUAAGGGUUCGCUACAUAAUGGAAUGGAGAUAGCAGUAAAAAGACUAUCAAAAUCCUCAGGACAAGGAAUAGAACAAUUCAAAACUGAAGUUGCACUAAUUGCUAAACUCCAACACAGAAAUCUUGUCAGAAUUUUAGGUUGUUGCAUUCAAGGAGAAGAGAAGAUGUUAAUCUAUGAGUACUUGCCAAACAAAAGCUUGGACUCUUUUAUUUUUGAUGAAACAAAAAGGUUAUCGUUAGACUGGGGAAAACGAUGUGAGAUUAUUUGUGGGAUUGCUCGAGGGAUCUUAUAUCUUCAUCAAGACUCAAGAUUAAGAAUUAUUCAUAGAGAUUUAAAGGCCAGCAAUGUUCUCCUUGACACUACAUUAAAUCCAAAAAUUUCAGAUUUUGGUAUGGCUAAAAUCUUUGGAGGAGAUCAAAUUGAAGCAAAUACAAAUUGCGUUGUUGGAACAUAUGGUUAUAUGUCACCAGAAUAUGCAAUGCGAGGGUUAUUUUCAAUAAAAUCAGAUGUAUUUAGCUUCGGGGUGUUGCUACUAGAGAUCAUUACCGGCAAAAAGAACAGUACUUAUUAUCAUGAUGAUCCUUCCUCAAAUUUGAUUGGACAUGUUUGGGACCAAUGGAAAGAAGAUAAAGCUAUGGAACUAAUUGAUUCAUCACUUGGUGAGACAUACCCCGCUAAUGAAGUUUCAAGAUAUAUUCAAAUUGGGCUUUUGUGUGUGCAAGAACAUGCAGAAGAUCGGCCAACCAUGUCAACAGUUGUUUUUAUGUUGGGUAAUGACACACCUCUUCCGUCUCCAAAACAACCUGCAUAUAUUUUUAAGAACACUUACAAUAGUAAAGAUAGAUCAACUAGUGAAGGAGCUAAUUCAAUAAAUGACUUAACAAUUACCAGAAUAGAUGGUCGCUAAAGCCCCAGGUUGGUUGGAGCAAUGUAAUUUUCAAUUGCAAGAUAAGACUUAGAAGGAAAUGUGGUAUUCUUUAAUGAAUUUUUAUUAAGAUAUUAUUAUGGUGAUCCAUUGUCACUUCUCUUAUUUGUGAUAGUGGUGGAGGCUUAAAGUAAA